AUGGUGGCUCAGUUAGUAGGGCUGUUGCCUCUCAGCGAGAAGUUUUGCACACCUAUUGCUUCUGCCUGGCUGGUGGUUGGUGGGAAAGUGACGCCGAUCAGUCUGUUUGAUGAUACGACCUACAGCAACCAGCCUGAAGCUGAAGAGGAGAAAGAUGAUGAUCCUGUGAAGGCUCGGGGUGCUGCAGAGUCCAGUGUCUACCUUGGAAUGUUCCAGGGGCAGCUCUACCUCCAGUCGUCAGUGAGAAUCACUGAGAAGUUCCCCUCCAUAGCCAUUGGCUCACAGAAAGAGAUCAUUUUUCUACCCACCGUCAAGUGGAAGCCUUUGAUACAUUCUCCAUCUCGAACUCCAGCUCUGGUUGGCUCCGAUGAAUUUGACAAGUGUCUGAGCAAUGACAAGUUCUCCCAUGAUGAAUACAGCAACGGAGCUCUGUCCAUUCUUCAGUAUCCGUAUG